AUGUCUUCGGCUACUACCGCUACUGCUACCGCCAAGAAGCCUGACUUGGCUGCCAAGGCCGCUAUUGCCUACGGCGACUGGAGAGACGAAUUUUUCAGCAAAGGCUAUUACAUCUUCAAGAAUGCAGUGCCGAAGGACAAGGCCGUCAACUACUAUCAGAAGAAGGCACUUGACUGGCUAGGGUCCUUUGACAAUGGCUUCAAGCUUGAGGAUCGCAGCACCUGGACGAAGGAAAACCUUCCCCAGAACUUCAAGAGCAUGUAUAUCAACUACUGUGCAGGGCACGAAAAGUUUAUGUGGGAUGCGCGGACCGAGCCAGGCGUCCUCAAGCCUUUUGAGCAAAUAUGGGGCACCGAUGAAUUGCUCGUAUCCUUCGACACUUUCAACGUUUCCCUCCCCCCCAAACCCAACGUCGCUCCGGCGGCUCCUUGGCCUCACACCGACCAGUCUCCGUACCGCAAGGGCCUCGCAUGUGUCCAGGGCAUCCUCAAUCUGUCCCAAGCGGGACCCAAGGACGGCGGUCUGCUUCUGAUGGUGGGGUCCUCCACGUUGUUCGAGAAGUACUUUGAGACAUUCGAGCCUCGUGAGAGAAAGACACAGGGGAAGCACUACGAUCUUUACCGCUUCGACCCGGAUGAAGUUGAAUGGUACAAGGCGCAGGGCUGCCGCGAAAUCAAGAUUGAGGCGGAGCCCGGCGACCUCAUUCUCUGGGAUUCCCGCACCAUCCACCACGUGGCGCCCAUCGAGACUGAUACCAUCCGGACCGUCAUCUACACCUGCUAUGCUCCGGCCGCGCUUGCAUCGCCCGAGGACACCAAAUACAAGGCUGAGCUCUUCGAGAGGUUUGAGGGAACGACUCAUUGGCCGCACUGCAACAUCCAUGGCCAGGGCAAAGCCUUUAUUGAUGGCAAGGUCGAUCCGUUGGAGAGAGAUGAGCCACUGGAAAAGCCAGUGAGGACAGACCAGAUCCUGAAGUUGGCGGGGGUGAAGCCCUACUAA